CAUUUUUGUUCGGAGCUCUACGGCAACUUUUUAACUUACAUAUGCAACGAGCUGCCACUGUGUGUCACUUCUAUGUACCACAUUUAGGAUGUAGGCUGCACAGUUUGUGUUUUUUAAAUGGAUUACAGCUCGCAGUCUCGCACGCCCUCAGCUCUUUGUUGCACAGAGCUGCUUGUGCACAUCGCCCCGUGCAUGGAUCAGCGUUUGCGAGCAAGAGCUAGCAUGAAAAAGGAAAGCUGCAGCUUUGGCAAAACAAACAUAAAACCUGAAAGACGUGUCUCAAAGUUGAGCUCCCAGUAAUGGCAGUUUAUAAAGUAGGGUACAUCACACCCGAAAAGGCAGAGCUUACAUCUGAUCAGCUCAUGUUAGCCAGUGCUUAGGGUUGAAUGAACUUAGCAGCAUUUCGUCUCUUGAACACUCCCACAGCGUAGCCACUAACUAACAGAUGCCCCUUCAGCAACUUAAAGCGGUGAGGGCCCAGAGUUUCUUCAGACAUGUCAGUGAGGGAGUCCUUUAACCCCGAAAGCUAUGAGCUGGACAAGAACUUCAGGCUCACCCGCUUUGCUGAGCUCAAGGGCACAGGCUGCAAGGUGUCCCAGGAUGUGUUACAGAAGCUGCUAGAAACACUACAGGAGAACCACUAUCAAGAGGAUGAACAGUUUCUGGGGGCAGUUAUGCCCCGAUUAGGCAUAGGCAUGGACACCUGUGUGAUCCCCCUCAGACAUGGAGGCCUUUCUCUGGUUCAGACAACAGAUUACAUCUACCCCAUCGUGGAUGACCCCUACAUGAUGGGAAGAAUUGCUUGUGCCAAUGUUCUAAGUGACCUGUACGCCAUGGGAGUGACAGAGUGUGACAACAUGUUGAUGCUUCUGGGAGUCAGCAACAAAAUGUCAGAGAAGGAGAGAGACAAAGUCAUGCCACUGAUCAUCCAGGGAUUCAAGGAUGCAUCGGAGGAGGCAGGCACAUCUGUAACAGGAGGGCAGACUGUGCUCAACCCCUGGGUGGUGAUGGGAGGAGUUGCCACAACAGUCUGCCAGCCCAAUGAAUUUAUCAUGCCCGACAAUGCAGUGCCAGGAGACGUGUUGGUGUUGACCAAGCCACUCGGUACACAAGUGGCCGUUGCAGUUCACCAGUGGCUAGAUAUUCCUGAGAAGUGGAACAAGAUCAAGCUGGUGGUAACCCAGGAAGAUGUAGAGCUGGCCUACCAUGAAGCCAUGAUGAACAUGGCUCGGCUCAACAGGACAGCGGCUGGUCUCAUGCACACCUUCAAUGCUCACGCAGCCACCGACAUCACAGGGUUUGGCAUCCUUGGCCACGCUCAGACGCUGGCACGGCAACAACGAAGUGAGGUAUCAUUUGUCAUCCAUAACCUCCCAGUCCUAGCCAAGAUGGCUGCCGUGUCCAAGGCCUGUGGGAACAUGUUCGGACUCAUGCACGGCACCUGCCCUGAAACAUCAGGAGGCCUGCUUAUCUGUCUGCCUCGGGAGCAGGCUGCCCGCUUCUGUGCCGAGAUUAAAUCCCCAAAAUACGGCGAGGGCCACCAAGCGUGGAUCAUUGGGAUUGUAGAGAAAGGAAACCGCACUGCUCGCAUCAUUGACAAGCCACGGAUCAUAGAGGUGGCACCACAAGCAGCCACGCAGAAUGUCAACCCAACGCCUGGUGCAACUUCUUAAUCUUCCUUUGCUGCAUCAUAGACCGGAACCCCAAAAGCUCUGCCGAGUGAUUUUAGACACAUAAACUACAAAACCAUCCUAGAGUGUUGAAAUGUAUACACAAAAUAGUAUGUACCCAUAAAAGACUGGGUUGGCGUGUAUCUACAUGAAAAUCAGCCCCUCACAGUGGCCCAAGGGCAUGUCAUCACCCAGUGGACUCAACCUGCAGUAUCCCCAUGAUAAAAAAUCGCUAAGAAAUAGAGCAUACUUAAAAUCAUUUGCCUUUCAUGUCUCUUGUAUCCUGUUAUGUUAAAUGUGCGUGAUUGGCAGGCAGCUUCUGAUAAGAGAGUGAUGAUGAUGAAGACAAUUAUCUGAUGGUGUUGAUUCAUUUUGAAUUUUAGAAAGUCUGGUAUCUGUCGCCUCUUUGGGUCUUUUUAAAAUUGCUCUCAUCAAGUAAGCGGGCUGCGUGAUGGUGUUUCUGUUUGUCCAUUCACUUUGUACAGUUAAAGCCUAGUUUUAGUUCAUUACUGUAAACUGAUGCCUUGAAAGAAACUAAGUGUGACCAGAAUGGUUUGUUUUUUUAUUACUUUGACUUUUUGUAUUGUCCCCACCCAAACUAAUAAAUACUCAAGUAGAA